UAUUUGGACAAUUUCAUACACUAUAAUUUUCGUCACCGUUUGUGUUUAUUAUUUUAUGACGCUUAGUGUAAUGCACUUAUCCCCUGCUCAUCUCAGAAUUGUGGUGAUACUCUCAUUGCUGCAGCAAUUAACUUUGAAACGUCAAAGUCACAUAUUCCAGGAGCAUUUGGAAUCAGAUCUGCGAGACUGCAGGGAGUGCUUUGCCGCGCAAAUCGAGAACUGCUUAGGCUUAUACGAAUCAUUAGCGGAACCAGAGGAUCUGAAUAAACUGCUUAAGGAUAUCACGUUGCGCCUUGAUUAUCGUCACAACUAUUGGCUAAGAUUGAAGUCUAACAAUGCCACGCUUCUGGCUAAGCGAAGCACAGUCGAAAUCAGGAGAGCCAAAGGAACAAAAGAAACCUCCAUAGAAUUGCUGCGAGCACAGUUCUUAAGCUCAGUACAACGUCCGGGACAAUUUCAAUUAUGCAGCGGACAAAAUACCACCAAAAAUGAAAGCCACCGUUUUGUCGAAUAUUUUCGGAACCGUGGACAUUUGGAACUGACUAUUUGGUACUAUAUGACCCACUACAUCACCCCGCUACUCAUGCAGGAGCUGUGGGCGCUGCAGUGGCCUGUGCCACGGAUCUAUGCAGCCUGCGGUCUCACCUAUUUCCAGGCCUAUGCCGGUCGCACGUUAAGUGAAUUUGGCCAAGAAGCGCCGGCAUUACGCUAUCGUCUGGCGCAGCAGCUCCUCGAGCUAGCGCUGAAAAUGACAUUUGGGUUCGACAAUUUUCGCAUUUAUAUAACUGAUUUUACCACCGACAACUUUGCCUAUGACGAAACGAGGCAAGAGCUGACGGUAAUUGAUUUGGACACCAUCGUAGUAGUGGAUGCAGCGACGCCAUUACGCGAAGCCGAAAAAUAUGCCCCGAUGCCCGGCUCUGAUGAUGUUUUCACCUACGAUGUAGUCGCCUUUUGUGCAGGGCAGUUAACCGAUGCGAAUGUCUAUCAGGCCUGCCGACUCUUAAGCGACUUCCUUCUGCACGAUGCGGACGAGGAUCUGCACAUGAUACUCCUGAAUUGUGUGCUAUGUGCUGAUGAACUAUGCGAUUUGCGUUUUCAAUAUGCCUACGAUUUGAUUAAAAUAUUUAAGCAAGGGCUGGAAUGAUGCACAAGCUUCACGGCAUAAUGUGUGAAGUGAAUAUUUAUCAGGGAUAUUGUAGAACAUACUUACAUUUAUUUUGUUCAAUCUAAAAUGUACUCAAAAAUGUUUUAGCAUAUUGAAAUUAAAGAACUCGCACAAUAGACACAAAACGUGUACGCGAUACUAUUCUAAGCAGACCUGAAAUGUAAAACAUAGGAAAUUUAAUUUGGUGGUUCAAUUGACAAUUGAAUUUUUAGGAUUUACACAGGCAUUUUUUGGGGUAAGUUCCUAAACCACUUGUGGAAUGUAACGUCCAGCCAUAUUUCGGAUUAAGAGCACUAUUGCCAAGCUGAUUCUAAAAACUAAAAUAACGAAUCUAAAAACAAUAAACGAAUUUUCAAGUUGCACAACCAAAAACAUAAA